AUGUCUUGGUCCCGAGUGACUAAGACAGUGAAUGUUUAUAACAGAUGUGUCGAGGCUUUUGUAUCAAGGAGUGAAAGAAAAGGGGAAAAGCAAACAAAAUUGGAAGUGGGCUCUCCGAGUGCGCGAUACGGCGCCAUCGCGUCAGAACAGAGCCUCCGCGGCCGCGACCGCAGCGGCGGCCGGUGUACGAAAGCGCGUAAUUUUCCACUGGGACCGGUACCGCCGACCGGUCUGCCGGAGCCGUGGCCCUCGCCGCUCACACGGACACGCACGCGCACACGUGUACAGACACACCGCACCGUUCACACACAAAGCGAAAAUCGCGCACAACAGUACGCCACCUCCCACAGCUUUACU